AUGAACUGCACCUCUAAACGUUGGCAUCAAAAUAGUCGUGGUUUGAAGACGACGAAAUUUGUUGUCUUGAUAACUUUCCAUUUAAUUGUGGCCGUCGCAGCCCUUUUCGGCAACUACCUCAUGCUCCGAGCGUUUCACAAAUUUCAAAAUCUUCGAACUGCGUCAAAUGUAAUCUUGGCGAGUUUGUCCAUUGCUGAUGGAUUGCUUGGGAUUCCAUCCAUCCUAGAUAUCAUACACUUGAAUCUAUCCGUUGGAGCUGAGCAUAGGUCUGGUAUUCUGAGAAAUAUAAGUGCGAGUUCCACCUUCCUUCUCAUGUCAGUUAUCAUUCUUCACCUCGCCUUAAUCAGUUUGGAACGGUCCAUCGCCGUGAGGUUUGCCUUAAGAUACCACAUUAUAGUAACCAACCGCCGAGCACUGAUCGUUUCUAUCGCCAUGUGGCUGUGGGCUGUGGUCGUUAUCAUUGUUUUCCCAAAGGUCCUUAAAGCCUCCAGCGACGAUUUCGAACAGCUUCGCCAGGCGAUGAAUCCAUACAGUGAAACCCGCAAAGAACCCCCAAAUGACGGCCCUCCUCCAUUAACCCAGGGAUACCUCGUAUUCCAAAUGAUAACACUGUUGGUUAUCCCCUUGUUUAUCAUUCUUUGCUCCUACUCCUAUAUCUUCAUCGUGUCCAACAGGCACAGGAAGCAGAUUAGAGAGCAAGCUGACAUCUCAGGAUUACAGCAACGAAUCAAGCAUGAAAUGAAAGGUGCCCGCACUCUCGCCGUGGUGAUAGCAGUGUGUCUUCUGAGUAUCAUACCGUUGUUGGUUGUGACAUGCCUUCGCUUUUUUGGGAAGCUGUCAGAGUGUGGCCAUCCAAAACGGAAGCAUUAUAAGUUUAUCUUUUACAGUGUGGCAGUUGGCUUGAACGCCAUCUGCAAUCCUCUUAUUUACGGAUGGAAAAAUAGAGAAUUCAGAAGAGCUUUUGUUAAAGUGCUGAAGUGUGCUUAG